AUGGAACGAGGAGGUUCGUCUCGGGAUUCUAAUUUGGUGAACGGCCCGGAAGAGCGUACUGAGCGUGAAUCGACUUUGAUUGAUAUCUCUUCCUCUCUACCGCAAGAGAACCAGUCGGUGAAGAAUUUCUGCCUCGUUGGCAGUUUGAUUGCUUCUAAAUCUCCAAAUGGCUUCCAUCUAAUGGAGAUAAUGCGCAAAUCCUGGAAAACUUCCAAGGGUGUUCAAGGAAGGGAAUGGAGGAAAAACCUAUUCAUUUUCUCAUUCGAAUCUUUGGAGGACAGGGAGUGGGUUCUACGGCGACAACCUUGGCACUUUGACGGCCAUCUCUUCGCCGUUAUGGGGCUUGAUGAAACAGCGCAACCCUCAAACAUUCGGGUGAACAGAGGCAGUUUCUGGGUUCGAGCGUAUAACCUCCCAAUGAAGUGCAUGAAUCCAACCAUUAUCCGCAAUAUUGGGAAACAGAUCGGAACAGUUGAAGAAGUGGAUGAACAAGCUAACUACGCAGGAUGUUUUGCUUGA